AUGUUGACUCUUACCAGCGGACUGACUACGAAAACCAACAGCUAUGCUGAAGGUCUUGUCGCUGCUGAGAGUCAGUUUACUGCUUAUACCGAGUCUUGCGAAGACUCAAAAAUGGCUAUUCUCGCUUACUCCCAAGGUGCCAUGGUUAUUGGGGAUGUAUUAGCUGGUGGAGGCGGUGAUGAGGUUCUCGGUGCCGGCAAAUUGCAAUGGAUCACUUCCCAUUAG